CAAUCCCCCUGCUGUGUGCGAAAUGAAGUUGACGAUUGCUUUAUGCUCUUCCCUGUUCUUCUCUUUGUAUGCGUUGGAAGCCAAUUGCCAGAGCGCUUCCCACGUUUCUUUCAUGGGCCUGGAUUUGGCCGACCAUUCCUACAUAGACUUCGGCAAAAAGAGCACGGACUGCAUCCAGUGUCACACUGACGUGAACACAUGCUGCAGUUCGAGCCAGGGUCCGGACCGUGGUGACUGGUACUUCCCGAACGGAUCUCGGCUACCUUUCGAGGGACAAGGCGACAUUUUCGAGCGGCGUGCAGACCAGAGAGUCGACUUGUGUCGCCGUGUCGACAGUUCUCCACCGCAACCCGGCAUUUAUCGCUGUGAUAUACCAAUAAUUAUUCGCUCUGGAGAGCAGUUAUCUGUGCACGUGGGAGUUUAUGGUGGUAAUGAUGGAGGAAAUGUUGUGAUACCGGGUGGACUGACAUGGUCUGUUGGAGACGACUCUAGGUCCUUCAUCCUCACCUGUAUCUCCACUGGUGGACCUGCCACCACUGUCACUUGGACCAGAGACUCCACCACUGUCACCCAAGGAAACCAGACUGUGUUGAAUGACCCAGUGACUGCACUGUACACCCACACUCUGACUGUGACUGGGGCACUGGGAGGAGUCUACACAUGUACUGUAGCCAACAAUAAACCAUCACGGGCAGCUGUAAACAUUACAAUAGGAGGUAUUGCUGCACCAACUAAUGUGAGGGCAGUUCAGGAAGACCCUACUAGCAUCCUGGUCUCCUGGGCACCAUCCAUCCACGCUACUUGUUACAGGAUCCUGUACACUACUGGAGGGAACAGUUAUAGUGUGAAGAUUGCUGGAGGCUCCAGCAAUACAUACAUACUGACUGGUCUUAAGAAUGGAGAAACUUACAGUGUCUCUAUUUUUGCCAUAGGGCAGGAUUCCCCCAGUGAAACUGUGGCAGCCAAGGAUGUUGGUUUAGUUCCCAACCAGCCACGCGUUAGUGUACAAGAUGUAUCGGCCACCUCCAUAUCCCUGUCCUGGAGUGUUCCCAGUGAUUCUGUGGUGACCAGCUAUGAGGUGGUGUGGCAGAGAGACACGUCAGGAGACUGUCCUAUUGAGGACCAAGGGAGUAGCACACUCACUGGUGGCUCCACUAGCCAUGACCUGCUGGGUCUGGAGGAGAGCAGCAGGUAUACUGUCACUCUAACAGCUUCCAAUGAGGCUGGCAGCAGUGACCACAGUGAUCCUGUUACAGAAACCACCGACACGGCUGCUCCAUCUGCUCCUCCUGGAUCUAUAGUAGCAACAAUUCACGCAUCAACCAGUAUUGGCCUCCACUGGGAACCAGUUGAAUGUAUCCACAGAAAUGGAAGGAUAGUAGGUCACUCAGUUAGGUAUGAGGAGGUGGACAGUGGGAGUGCAGGGACACAAUAUGUUCCUGGAGGCAGUGUCACCCAGACCACUAUUUUAGAACUCAAACAGACAACAGAGUACUCCAUCCAAGUGGCAGCAGUCAACAGCGUUGGUACUGGGGUCUACAGUGAGCCUGUUACCUGCAUCACUCGUCAUAUUGCAUCUAGUCCAACUGAUGUGAGAGCAAUACAGGAAGGUGUUGCUAGCAUCAGAGUAUCAUGGAUCCCACCCUCUCCACUGGGAGAUACUAUUGGAUACAGUAUCUCCUUCACUGCAGGCAACAACACUAGUACAGUGAACAUUAGUGGUGGCUCCAGUGAUGGUUACCACUUAACUUCCCUUACAAAUGGAGUAACCUACAGUGUAACCAUUACCGCUUUGUCCAAAGACCUUCCUAGCAAUGCCACAGUAUUAGAGGUCACACUAGUUCCAUUACCUGGACAACCAACAGUUAGUGUGAAUGCCAUAACAGCCACCUCCAUAUCCCUCUCCUGGAGCAUUCCCAGUGACUCGGUGGUAACCAGCUAUGAGGUGGUGUGGGAAGAGGCUGGGACUGAGACUGGUACAAGCAGUGAGAGACUCAACGCGACCAAAUACACUAUAAAGCAGUUAGACUUCUCCACCAUAUACAACACCACUGUUGGAGCCAAAAACAUCGCUGGAACUACUAACAGCCUACCCAUCAUCAUUUCCACAAUCCCUGACUCUACGUGUGACAAAGCUGAAGCCAUCAUUAUUGGAGGGGUGGUGGGUUCACUUCUGUUUGUGCUUGCCACAGCUGCUACCACCAUAGUCUUAGUUUCUCUGGUAUUGAAGCAUCGCAGAACAGUCUCUCCAGUCUUAAGAAGAAGAGUUGACCACAGCAUGUAUAGAAACACAGUUGAUGGGGCAUCACCAAAGCCUCCAAGGGAACCCACUUAUGUUGAGCCAGAGGUCAUUGGUACAGUUGGAAACGAGGCCUAUGAUGUAGUGGGACAAACGAGAAGAAAGGUCACUGCCUAUGACAUGGUGCACAUUAACAAAGACUCCUCCCCUCCCUCCUCCACCCCUGUCACUGGACACCUCUGACUUCUUAACUUCUUAGUGACUCUCGUUGUGUGCACAGGGUUUUCCAUAAUUAUUCUUGUGUAGUGAAAAUGAAUGUUAGUAGCUGUUCACCAUUCAACAUCCACAGAGCAGGA